GUUUAAAUACUCUGUUUCCUUUUUCAAAACACUUGUUUGUCUCAGCAGAUUGUCGGUUUAUGUCUGGCUUUGGUGAUGAGGGUUUAACUUGAGCAUAGUAUCAUGGAUGAGGACAGCAAACCGUUACUGGGGUCAGUCCCACCUGGAGAUUAUUACACUGAUUCACUGGACCCCAAACAGAGAAGGCCGUUCCACGUGGAGCCCAGAAAUAUAGUAGGGGAAGAUGUUCAGGAGAGAGUGUCAGCUGAAGCUGCAGUGCUGAGCAGUAGAGUUCAUUACUACGGCCGUCUGACAGGCUCUUCAGACAGACUACUGGCACCUCCAGACCACGUGAUUCCUUCUCAUGAGGAUAUUUAUAUCUACAGUCCACUGGGAACAGCGUUCAAAGUGCAGGGAGGAGACAGCCCUGUCAAAAACCCCAGCAUUGUCACAAUCUUUGCCAUUUGGAACACCAUGAUGGGAACAUCCAUAUUAAGUAUACCAUGGGGAAUAAAACAAGCUGGUUUUACUCUGGGCAUCAUCAUUAUUGUUCUUAUGGGCCUGUUGACGCUCUAUUGCUGCUACAGAGUGUUGAAGUCCACAAAAUCCAUACCUUACGUAGAUACCUCAGACUGGGAGUUUCCUGAUGUGUGUAAAUAUUACUUUGGGGGAUUUGGAAAAUGGUCCAGUCUCGUCUUCUCGCUGGUGUCACUGAUUGGUGCAAUGGUCGUCUACUGGGUGCUCAUGUCCAACUUCCUGUUCAAUACAGGAAAAUUCAUUUUCAACUAUGUUCACAAUGUCAACACAUCAGAUGCAUUUGGCACAAAUGGAACUGAGAGAGUUAUAUGUCCAUAUCCAGAUCUGGAUCCACAUGGGAACAGCAGCACUUCCCUGUACUCUGGAAGUGGUAACAGCACAGGUCUUGAGUUUGAUCGCUGGUGGAGUAAAACCAACACCAUCCCGUUUUACCUCAUUCUUCUGCUGCUGCCGCUGCUCAAUUUCCGCUCUGCUUCUUUCUUCGCCAGGUUCACUUUCUUAGGCACUAUAUCAGUGAUCUAUCUAAUUUUCCUGGUCACAUAUAAAGCUAUUCAACUGGGCUUUCACCUGGAGUUCCACUGGUUUGAUUCAUCAAUGUUUUUUGUUCCAGAGUUCCGAACACUGUUUCCUCAGCUGAGUGGAGUUCUCACAUUGGCAUUUUUCAUUCAUAACUGCAUCAUCACACUCAUGAAGAACAACAAACAUCAAGAAAACAAUGUCCGGGAUCUGUCACUGGCGUACCUGCUGGUGGGAUUGACGUAUCUCUAUGUAGGAGUGCUGAUCUUUGCUGCUUUCCCAUCACCACCGUUGUCUAAAGAAUGCAUUGAACCAAACUUUCUGGAUAAUUUUCCCAGCAGUGACAUCCUGGUUUUUGUAGCGAGGACCUUUCUUCUGUUCCAGAUGACCACAGUGUAUCCUCUGCUUGGGUACCUGGUGCGUGUGCAGCUCAUGGGGCAGAUCUUUGGCAACCAUUACCCUGGUUUUCUCCAAGUGUUUGUUCUGAACGUCCUCGUUGUCGGCGCUGGAGUUCUGAUGGCCAAGUUUUACCCAAACAUUGGCUCCAUCAUCAGGUAUUCGGGGGCUUUAUGUGGCUUGGCUCUGGUGUUUGUUCUUCCCUCUCUGAUCCACAUGGUCUCGCUGAAGCGCAGAGGUGAGUUACGCUGGACCUCCACCCUCUUCCACGGCUUCCUCAUACUGCUGGGUGUGGCCAAUCUGCUGGGACAGUUCUUCAUGUAACACACAUCUGAUGAUAGAAGAGGAACUCUGUGUGGAGAGCUGAAACAGUUCCUUGGGUGCUUUUCACAGGAAUGACGACUUCGUACUGGAACUUAAAUGAUCAAGUCCCCAUGGCUCUUAUCAUGAAAAGGCACCAAACGGCUUUGUUUUGACAUUUUACAAGGGUUUAAUUAAAGUUCAGCAUUAUUAUAUUGCUUUUAACAGCUCUUAUUAAAGUGACAUUUCAACCAAAAUAUUUCAUUUACUCAUCGUUAAGUGGUUCUAAACUUUUAUAAAUCUUUUUUAUUUGAUGAACACCAAACAAGAUAUUCUGAAGGAAACCAGCAGCCAUUGAUAGUAGGAACUAAAGAAAAUACCAUGGAGGUCAAUGGCUUUUUUCCCCAACAUCUUCCUUUGAAGAAAGAAAGUUGAACAGGUUUGGAACAAGUAAAUGAUGAUUUCACUUUUGGUUGAACUAUCACUUUAAGCUUUAGACAAGCUCUUCCAACACGAUUUAAUCAUUCUGUUUAACUCAAAUUAUCAAUCACAUUAAUCCUCAUCUUACAUGAAGCUAUGCAUUCUCACUCAAACAUUGAUGUGGAGUGAAGACACUUGUUACACGAGAUGAGCAGAUUGUUUUUAUUACCAGAACUGUACUGAAUGCCAGUCAAUUCUGUUGGUCUCCUCAAAAGACAAAAAGUUCUCAAUAGAAACUGUAGAUCAUGUGGUCUCAAACUCCUGAAGGGCCACAGCAGAUUUUUAGCUCCAACCACCUCCAAAUCACACCUGCUUAAUAGUCUUGAUUAGUCUUAAAGGGCCACGAGACGACCCCCCCGUUUCAGCAGGGUGUUCUUGGAAAAAGUCAGAAAAGUGGGUGUGUCGGAAGGGAAAGAGGGAAGUUGCAUAAAAAUGGGAGUUUCGGUUUGGGCCCACGCUGAUUUUCACAGAGGCAAAACAAACACAUGCAGGGGAGAAAGACAGUGACUGUUUACAGGGAUAUCAGUAAUCAAAUUAUUUGCCAAAUUCUUAAAUGGUGGACUUUAACUGCAGUUUGGCACUUUUUUAUUCAGGAACAUUUUAUUCAUGUCCCUCGUGACAUCAGAUAUUUGAUUCGAGGAACUGCUGGAAGCGUCUAUUUUUAAUGCAAUGUUUGAUACCGCACGGCGAAUGAGAGAAAAAAACCCUCCGCAUUUCUCGGUAACCUAGAUGCACUCGGUAGGUAGCAUCAGAAAGCCGUGUGUGUAGACUAUCCUGUCACAAAAUGUGCCGAAAAUCCUACACGACGGUAAUAGUUUGAAUGCAGUGUUUACACUUGAAGAGCAACAUUUACAGAGGAUCUUUCAGUCUAUAAUAUUGUAGUGAUAAUAAUGUACUGUAAACUUAGAAAUCAUUUUGACUAAAGUAUGUCUUUAAACACUGAAAGAGUACUGCUGGCGAUACGAAUUAACUUUGCCAUCUGAAUAAACAAACAAAGACCACUGAUCGCUUGCUUACCAAGUCUGUAGAGACAGGACAAUCAACACCAACUGAAGCCGCGUCUUUUUUAAAAGGAGACGAGUGGCAAAUCCAGAUUUCACCAUUUCCAGAUGAGAAAAGCUCUGGGGUAAAAAAUGUUUCUUAGACACGUAUUGUAUUUUUGUUGCGCGUCACGUGCACUGUAUCUACACGUGAGUCCAGCUGCACUCUCUUAGCGGGAAAAUUAUAAAUGCAACACUAAUCACCCUGUGUCUCCCAACAAUUCUUCUGCUACCACUUGUUUUGGCAACACAAUGUGGUGUCUUGCUGCCGUCUGAACACUGUACAGGUCUUCGAAGCUAUCAUACAUAUUAAUGAAGUUGCACCUCAUUCAUAAUAGAGCGUGCUGAUUGGUUUGAACCAAGUCUUUCUCAUAAAUUAAUGCAGCACACUCAGAGACGUCACGAUGCACUCGCAUGUACAGACAUCCAAUCUUCAUGCUGAAAUACACACAAGUAUCUAAUCGCCGUGACGCAGCUUCAAAAAAUCGUUUCAAACCAGAAGAACGAAUUAGCUCGAAAUAACGCAAAAAUAACCAAUUUUCACUUUUUUGUGAAAUAUGUGUGUCCUAAUAGUGUUUAUAGCAGCGUGGGACACAUUAAUGACUGUCAACAGCUCAAAAAAUGUGUUUUGUGACCCUUUAAACAGCUCAUCCAACUAAUCAAGGUGUUUGAUUAGGGUUGGAGCAAAACUGCAGAGCUGCAGCCCUCCAGGAAUUGAGUUUGAGACCACUGCUGUAUAUAUAUAUUGGUAUGUGUCUUCCAGACUUGGUCCUUACUGUGACAGUCAUACAGUAAAUCUGUUGUGAUAGAAUCUGGAUUUAUAAAGGGAAACAAAUGUAUUUAAACAUUGUAACAAGAGAAAUGUUCUUGAUGAUAUUGUAGUUUUCAUGUCGUUCUCCAGCUGAAUCUGAGUGUACUGAUGCAUUUUAUGAGUUCAUGUCACUUUAUGAAAUAUGUGCACAUCCAUAAGGGAAGCUUCAAUUUGCACACCUUGUCACUUUUAUGUAUUUGUCGAUAUAUUUUUGAAUUUAAUUUAAAUAAUUAGCAUUUAUUGGAAUAAAAUUAAGCCAAACACAUUACUGAGGAAUAGUUCAACCAUAUAAAAUGUUCAAUACAGCAUUGUUAACUGUGUCUUAAUGGUUUCCUUCAUUAUGUUUUUCAGCUCAUUCAAAAAGUGCUAAUUGUGCUUUUUCACAGGAAAUAAAUGUAUUCAAAGCACACCCAAAAAGCUUUACAGAAAGAAAUGUUCAUGAAAACGAACAAACUCUGAGUUGCUUGUUAACUUAAAAUGAUGGUUCUUCAGCUACUGACCAGCUAGUAGAGCGUAAUUAUUUAUGUAUAUACCAAUAUAUACGGAAUUUUUUCGGAAAUGAAAAAUUGUUAUAUUAUAAAUUAGUUUUAUGUUCAAAAUAGUUUUAUCAGUUCAAUUACACAAAGAAAUAAGCUCAUUUUUUGCAAUGGUUAAUAAAAAUGCUUCUGAUUUCAUUCAUUGUUAAAAUGGGGUGUUUCUGAAAUGUUUUGAUGCAUAUAAACAGA